AUGUCCAAUCAAAAAAAUCAAAUUCCCUAUGUUUUGGUACCAAAUUUAACGGAAAAGCAGAAAAAACAGUAUAAAUACGUUCCUUCUGACAUCCUUUCUAGCCCAAAGAACCAAGAAUCAUUUGGUGAUACUAAUUACGAUGAUAAUUCACCAAUCCAUAUCAAGGAUGUAAAUGUUUUACAUGGAUGUGACAGUGAUGCAACCGAUAUAAAAACUAAGGAUGCUGAAACCAGGACUACAGGUUAUAAUAAAGAAAGCACGAUUUACAAAGCAACUAAUGUUGAGGAUAUGCGUGAAUUUUUUGAAAAUAAAGUCAAGGAUAAUUCAAUGAGUCAAGGUGCAAAAUUGCAAGAGCAAGAAUACUUAACAGACGGUGAAAUAGAAGAAAUUGUAUUAUUAUCGUCUGGUGAAAUCCAAUUUGUUACAAAAGAUGCGUACAAUAUUCCGAACGUUGAUGAAAAGAAGAGUAUGGUUGUGAAUGGUAAAGACAUAAAGGAUGAAAAUAAUGAUAAAGUAAAUACGAAUACGGGAAAGGAGAUAGUAAAUCAUGUUUCUCAGGAACAUAUAGUAUUUCGAAAUGAAUCGACUUCUAAACAUGCUGCGGAUAAUACAUUAACUACCAUUUCAAAGGGAAAAGCGGCGGCGGUUCAAUAUUUGGUUAAAUAUAAAUCUUUAAGGGAACCAAAGUGGAUAAUUGCUAAUAAAAUUGAUCCAAUGGUGAAUAAGGAGCUACUAGAAAAGAAAGAUAAGAAACAGAAAGAAUCAAAAGACCGCAAACGGAAGAGACAAUAUGAAAACGAAAAUAAUGAUAUAGAUUGGGAAAAUGAAGUCGUCGAAGUGAGAGGAAUGAUAAAAAAUUCAAAUAAUCAAGUUGAUGGAAGACUAACUAAACAUUAUAAUGCAGUUGUAAAUACUAAAUGUCCUCAAAAGGUGAUUGAAUAUUAUGAAAAGCAUUUGGUAUUUAGUCCCAAAAAAUCAAAGAAAUAA